GCCGCCAUCUUCUCUUCAAGCUGCAAUGUUUAUGUCCUUACGUUUUGUCUUAUUACAGUUACCGCUCUUCUCAGGUUUGUAAAAUGUGAGGCCAACGUGACAGGAAUAAGUCCUGUCGGUGAUUCGGGUGGCAAAUCAUCCAUCGUAGAUGGUGUUCUCGUAAUAACUGCGGAUAAUUUAGUGACGCUACGAUUCUACGGUGCAGGAUUUACGCGGGACACUCGUAUUGCUUUUACGACUACCGUGGGAGAAUCUCAAACAAAAUGUGAUGAGGAUCGAACGAAGCCUGUAGAGUUCACUGAAAACAGCCUUCAGCAAUAUGUAGGAGAAGCCGAAGUGAGUUUACCGAAGGAAAGCUGUGGGAAACCUCAUUAUGUCUGUCUGCAGUCCGGCAAUGGAAGGGAAUGGUUACAUCAAGGGGGUUCAGACGAUCCUCUUCUCCAGAUCAAGUGCGAAGGAAAAAGUGAUCUACCUCUGUGGCUGAAGAUAUUAUUUAUUGUAGUUCUGAUGUUGCUGUCAGGCUUGUUCUCCGGGCUUAAUCUGGGGCUAAUGGCUCUUGAUCCAACAGAGCUUAAAAUUGUCAUGAACUGCGGCAACUCCAACGAACAAAAAUACGCUAAAAGUAUCACUCCACUUCGCAAGCAUGGGAAUUACCUUCUAUGCACACUGUUGUUGGGCAAUGUUUUGGUAAAUACGUCCUUCACAAUUCUUCUAGACGGCUUAAUCGGUAGUGGAGUUGCUGCUGUUUUGGGUUCCACCGCUGGAAUUGUUAUAUUCGGCGAAAUAAUACCCCAGAGUAUUUGUUCCAGGCAUGGGUUGGCUGUUGGUGCACGCACCAUUUGGAUCACAAGAUUUUUCAUGCUUAUUACUUUCCCCGUGUCUUUUCCUAUAAGUAAGAUUUUAGAUUGGAUAUUAGGCGAUGAAAUAGGCACAGUGUACAAUAGGAGACAGUUACAAGAAAUGUUAAAAGUUACAGCAGAAUUCAAUGAUCUAGAAGGGGAUGAAAUGAAUAUUAUCUCAGGAGUUUUAAAUUACAAGAGUAAAACUGUGAAAGAGGUCAUGACAAAGUUAGAAGACUGCUAUCUACUGGAUAUAUUGUCCAUCCUUGAUUUUAGAACUAUUGCAAACAUAAUGCAAUCAGGGCAUAGUCGCAUUCCGGUGUACGAUGGGGAACGGCAUAAUAUUGUGGGCUUGUUACUGGUUAAAGACCUAGCUUUUAUUGACACAGAUGACUGUACUCCACUGCGUGCUGUUAUUAAAUUCUACAAUCACAAGGUUCAGCGUGUUUUUGAUGAUGUGCAUUUGGAUUCAAUGCUUGAAGACUUUAAGAAGGGGCAUUCACAUUUGGCAGUGGUCCAACGCGUGAAUAAUGAGGGUGAUGGAGACCCAUUUUAUGAAGCUAUAGGUAUUGUUACUUUGGAAGACAUCUUAGAAGAAAUAAUCCAGUCAGAGAUUGUGGAUGAAACAGACAUCUAUUUGGACAAUAAAUCUGGACAAGUCAUACCAGGACGCAAAGAGCCGGUUCAUUUAUCACUUUUCACAGAAGAACAGGAGAAGCCUAAAGUAUCUCCCCAGUUACAGCUAGCAAUAUUGCAGUAUCUUACCACAGUUGUGGAAGCAUUCAGUGAUGAUGUGAUCUCUUUCAACAUGCUGAAGCGCUUAAUAAACCAGCCUCAUAUUGUCCAAGAGAUCAAAUUGGAUGAUGAAAUGGAUAACAACCUGAAGUUCUUGUACAAGAAAGGAGUUGUGGCAGAAUUCUUUACUCUGAUUAUUCAAGGAAAAGUUGAAGUUACUAUUGGACAAGAUGAGCUCACUUUUGAAGAAGGCCCCUUUACAAGCUUUGGUACAAAGGCACUUCUGUCGUCACUGAAUGCAAAACCCCCAGGCAGUCAGUACAUUCCAGAUUACUCAGUGCGCGUGGUCACAGAUGUUAUGUACAUGAAAAUACCAACGGGAAUGUACAAGCAGGCAGUGCGUGCAACUUUAAUGGGACGUGAGUCAGAGCCAGAUGGAAUCUUUCCAGGAUCAAAUGGGAUUAAUCAUAGAAAUGGCCCACUAUUGCAGCCCAGCAAUGUUUACUUGGAAACUACUUGUUAAUCCAACCAUUGAUUUUGAGCAUGACAUUUUCAGAGAGAGCAUGUAAAUUGAAUUUUCAAUUUGUUCAGUUGUCAAAAAUGAUGUUGAGGAUAUCCUUUAUGAAGAGAUUAACCGAUAGUUGCAUACUGCUUACACUCACACUUUUGUUCAUUUUUGAAAAAUUACUCAAAACUAUGCAUUAAAGUUAGCAUGAAUGUUUA